GUGAUAGCUUUUAUUUCACGCCACGACUGCGUUUAUACGCAGCUGUUGUGUGUUUCCUCCACCUCAUUGGUCAUAGCAGUCGUCGGUGCUAUCUGCGAACCUCGGCACCUCGAUUCGACACAGCACACGUAAGACUGCGGAGGAGCGAUGCUGCCGCGCGCCGGCCUCCGGACGUUGCUCGCGGCGCGGCACCGCGUCGUCCGCGGCGCGCCGUCGCCGCGCGCGACGCUGCACCACCUCGCCAGGCGGCCGCCGCGCCGCGCGCCCGCGCCGUACCAUCGCGUACUGUCGUCAAAAGCAAAAAGAGAUUACUAUGAAGUGCUCGGCGUGCCGCGGAGCGCGACCGCCGCGGAGAUCAAAAAAGCCUACCGCAAGCUCGCCAAGGAGCACCACCCCGACGCCGGCGGCGACGCCGCCAAGUUCCAGGAGGCUAGUGAAGCCUACGAGGUGCUGAGCGACACGGAGAAGCGCCAGGGCUACGACGCGUACGGCCACGCGGCGCAGGACCUCGGGGGAGGCGGCGACCCCUUCGAGGCCUUCCGCCAGGCCUUUGGGGGCCAGGCCGGGGGCUUCCACUUCCACCAGCAGGGCGGCGGCCAGGAGCCCUUCGAAGACUUGCUGAACGAGUUUUUCGGGGGCGGGCAAAGGAGGCGGGGUCCGCGUCGAGGCGCGGACCUCCAGUUGACUUUGAGGCUAUCCUUCAUGGAGGCGGCUCGAGGCGUGCAGGAGAAGACCUUGGAGUGGCACGAGGUCGCGCGCGACGGUAGGAGAGGCGAUCGGAAAUCUGUGGAUGUGCGCGUGCCGGCCGGCGUCGACUCGGGCAUGCAGAUCCGCUUGAGCGGCAAGGGCGGCCAGGGCGACCCCGGGGCGCCGUCGGGCGACUUGUUCGUGCAGAUCGAGGUCGAGCCGGACUCGUAUUUCGAACGGGACGGUCCGGAUAUUCAUGUGGCACUGGAGGUGCCCUUCGCCGACGCCGCGCUCGGUGCGACGGUCGACGUGCUGACGCUGGACGGCAUCGUCCAGCUCAAAGUGCCCCCGGGCUGCCAGCCUUUAUCGAAGUUAAGGUUGCGGGGCAAGGGCCUGCCGUCGGUCGAUCGGCGCGGGCGAGGCAACCAGAUCGUGACGGUCCACGUGACCGUGCCCGAGGUCCUCUCGCCGCGCCAGAAGGAGCUCCUCGAGGAGUUUAGGAAUGAAGAGCCCGCGGAGGAGUCGCCGGCGCAGCGGGCGCUGAAGCGGUUGCGGGGCUUCUUUAGUUAA